AUGACGAAUUUCGUGCUGGUUGCUAUGCGACAGUGGUUGCUGAAUCUGUGUUAUGUGGUGCUGGACCACAUUCCGCCCUUUUUCUGGGCGUUUUUGAACGUUCUUGGGGAUAUCUACAUGUUUUGGUUCUACAAGUUGGGGAACUACCUGCGGCCCAAGUCGCGUGUGGUGUACUACGAGGCGAUCAAGGAGCUGGACCACUGCGACUCGUAUGAGAACUGGUGCCAGACGGCGGCGAUGGUCGACGAGAUCACUGGGGCGAACCUGUGGCGGCGCAACUUCUUCUCGCGGCGGUACGACUUCCAUUCCGUGCUGGAGCAGUACUCCAUUCUGUCCAAGGCACUCGAGUCAGAGGACACGGACACGAUAAAGGAGAAACUGUCCACUACGGGGCCCUGCAUGCUGCGUAAUUUUGCAGGGAUUGUCGAUAAGAAAUUGUUCACGAAGUCGCUCUUGGGGACGAAGUUGCUCAUCGAGCAGUAUUUGGACAAGACGCUCGAGUCACUGGAUCUGUUGGAUAUGAACUUCACGGAGACCUCGUUUUUCCAACGGUGUAAAUUGUCUUUGGGGACCACCGCGUUGAUCCUGAAGGGUGGGUCCGUGUUUGGAUUGUUCCAUCUCGGGGUGAUACGUGGGCUUCUAUCGCAAAACCUCAUGCCCAACAUCAUCAGUGGGAGUUCUAUGGGUGCAUGUGUUGCUGGUGUAUUUGGAUGUCUCUCCAAUGAUGAGAUAGAUCAGCUGUUAAGCGAGGAUGGGAUUUUGAACGUGAUCAAGGACGAUGCGGAGCUUCUGCGGAGUUGUGGGUAUGGGAUCGUCGAGCAGCAUUUGAACUUGGGUACGCUGGUCCAGAACUUGAUCCACCACGGUUACUCGCAGGACGUGUACUUGUUUAUUCAGUUUGUGCUGAAGUAUAUCAUUAAGGACACGACUUUUGAGGAGGCGUACCAGAACACGCGGAAGAUCUUCAACAUCGUGAUCCACCCGACAGACAAGUCGUGUCCGAACCUGUUGAACUACGUGACGACGCCGAACGUGCUGAUCCGGUCCGCGAUCGACUGUUCUCUCGGCACCGGUGUAAUUUCGGAGGACACAAACUUGUACUGUAAGAGUCUAGACAAUGAGGUGGUGCCCUUUUUGACGCGGCCAGGUGUCAAGUUCAUGGCCCCCGAGCGGGCGACCACAACAGAGAACGAAUUGGAGAGCCCCUACACUCGGCUGACCGAGUUGUUCAACGUGAACAAUUUCAUAGUGUCCCUAGCGAGACCGUACUUGGCCCCCCUUGUGGUGAACGAUUUAAAGCACGAGAUCAAGACUUCCAAAUAUUACUACUACAAGCACUACCCUGAGACGAACAAGCAUCUGAUAGAUCUACCUGAAUUGGGGAUACCGCAGUUGAACUUCACUGAGAUGGAACCGCUAGCGUUCAAGUUCAAGUACCAUUUGGAGCGGAAGUUGAAGAAUAUUAUCACGAUGGAGUUCCACCAUCGGAUGCAAGUGCUGGACAACCUCGGGCUGCUGAGCAGCUGGGUGAAGCGGCUGGCGAUCGACGAGCCGACGCCGCGGUCUGCGACGGAGAUCGUGAUCGUGCCGCGGAUCAAGUCGCUGUCGCUGACGCGGAUCAUCGAGGGCCAACUGGACAACAUCCCAUACUGGAUCAAGUGCGGUGAGCAAAGCACGUGGCCGGUGUUGUCGCUGAUAAAUACGCGUUGUGCUAUAGAGUUUAGACUGGAUGAGGUUAUAAAGGAGCGGAGAAAGUGA